UUGAGUACUAAGAUGUUUAUAAAGUACCAGUCGCACGUUAGUAGACUACAUUGACGCAUGGAAAGGCAUCUAGAAGAGAAAGAAGGAAGAGCUUCGAGAGCCAAAAACGGUUGACAACUAGAGGCUCAACUUGGAUUUCAACAGGAAAAAUGCCUUUUCCACUGCAUUUCUACCAUUGGAUCAGCGCUUGGAUGGGUUUAAUCUCUGUUACAUCUUUCCUACUGAACGGUUGCGUAAUUAUCACCUUUCUUACCAACCGCGCCCUGUUAACAUCUUCCAAUUAUCUUCUACUAAGCAUGGCUUUUUCCGAUUGGCUAAGGUCCGUUUUCGUUGCUCCCAUUGCUGCAUACGCGAAUGCUAAACACUGGUGGACAUUGCAUCCAUCGGUUUGUCAGUACUUUGCAUUCUCUUCGACCGUACUCGGGCUAACUUCUAUGAUCCACCUUGUUGCACUAUCUGUUGAAAAAUGCUAUACCAUAAAAAUGCCCAGCACCCAAUUAAUAUCAGAAAGAAAAAUUAUAGCUGUGAUUAUUGGUCUAUGGUUGUUCUCGCUUCUCUGGAGUCUUUUUCCUCUUCUUGGUUGGUCUUCCUUUGGUCCUGAACCUGGUUACUCGGGCUGUUCAAUUACCUGGAACUCUAAAGUGCCAAGCGAUAAGGCGUACACCAUUUCGUUGUUUGUUUUCUUUUUCUUUUUUCCGGUUACACUCUCGACGCUUUGCUAUGUCCUUAUUCAUAAAGAAAUAGGCAAGAUGGCCACAGAUGCUGCUAAAAGAUGGGGACCUUUAGCGCAGCCAACCCAAGAAACUAUUCAAGCCAAAAUUAAGACGGUGAAGAUGUCUUUCGUAAUGUUAGUUGCGUUUUUAGUUGCGUGGUUCCCCUACGCCAUUGUUUCCUUGUAUUCGAGCUUGUCUUCCAAGAGCGUUGCUCCCGUACUUGGUACCCUACCUGCGUUGUUUGCGAAGACUUCCACUUGCUGUAAUCCUGUCAUUUAUUUCUUUAUGUUCAAGAAAUUCCGCGUUGCUUUGACGAAUAUGUUCCCCAAAAAUCAGAUAGCACCAUUGCAGUCUUCCAAUAAUUAAGAGUAUAGGUAUUUGGCGACGACUUGACGACCAGCGCAAUAAAAGCCAAAUAUCCUCGUUCAAGUUACUGCGAAGGGCAAGGCUAACCUAUUUCCCACGGCCUACAUGUAAAGCAGUAUCUAAAGCAUGUAUAUUAUAUAUCUGUAUUUAGUUAGCAUUUAUAUUAUAUAUUUUUAGCCGUGAUUGACUGAUGUAUUUUACCGUGGUUAAAUAUAUAUUCCAAUUCGGAUUCAGAAUAUAGAAACUGCACAUAUUUUUUGUUUGACUUUCUCAAACUAUUUAAAUAAACUCGUCAUCGCUAAUCAGUUUAGUGAUUCAUAUUGGGUACACCUAUUUCAAAAACCUCGGUUGGAGAUCUGAAAUCUGUGA